AUGGAGCUCUUGGUCCUGCUGGUUUGCAGCCUCCUGGUGUGGAGGGUGGGUGAGACGAGGUCGGAUGCUCCAGAAAAGUUGUCCCCGCUGGCUCCGGGAGCCCCCUUGGCCCCUUCACUAUCCCCUGCUGUCCCCCCAGCUCUCAGCAUGAAGGAAACCUUCCUGGUGCUCUCGCUGCACAACAAGUUGAGGAGCAAAGUGCAGCCCCCUGCUGCCAACAUGCAGAAGCUGGAGUGGAGCGAUGAGCUGGGGCGGCGUGCCGGGGCACGGGCAGCCAGCUGCCUGGAGGGCCCCGCGCCACCGCCAGCCCCGCAGCUGGGCUGGAGCGAGGUCCUGCUGCCGGCGGCCGCGGGAGGCUUCGGGGCCGUGCUGGAGCUCUGGUUUGCUGAGGGACAGCGCUACGACCACAGGACGGGGCGCUGCGCCGGCAAUGCCACCUGCCGCCACUACACCCAGAUGGUGUGGGCCACAGCGGGGCAGCUGGGCUGCGGCCGGCACCGCUGCCCCGGCCCCCACGGCCCCAGCGAGGCCUUCGUGUGCGCCUACUCGCCGGGGGGCAACUGGGAAGUGGCCGGGACGCCCAUCCUGCCCUACAAGCAGGGACCCUGGUGCUCCCUCUGCACCGCUGGCCUCUCUGGCUGCUUCAAGUCCUGGGACCACAGCGGCGGGCUCUGCGAGGUGCCCAGGAACCCCUGUCGCAUGAGCUGCAGGAACAGUGGGCGCCUCGACAUGAGCAGCUGCCAGUGCACCUGUCCCCCCGGCUACACGGGCAGGUACUGCCAAGUGAGGUGCAGCGGGCAGUGCCUCCACGGGAGGUUCAGGAAGGAGGAGUGCUCCUGCCUCUGCGACGCGGGCUACGGAGGAGCUGAGUGCGGCACAAAGAUCCAUUUCCCCUUCCAUGCCUGUGAUGUGCGGAUAGACAGCGACUGCUUCAUGGUGUCCCCAGAAGCUGACACCUACUAUGGAGCCAAAAUUAAAUGCCAGGAGAAAGGAGCAAUGCUGGCCCAAAUAAGAAACCAGAAGGUUCAGGACAUCCUGGCUUUCUACCUCAGCCGCUUGGAGAUGGGUAACAGGGUGACAGACACUGAUUUUGAGACUGGAAACUUCUGGAUUGGUCUCACCUACAAGACAUCCAAGGCUUCCUUCCGCUGGGAUGUGGGCGAGCCGUCCUCGUUCACCAGCUUCGCUUUCGGGCAGCCGGACAACCAGGGGUUUGGGAACUGUGUGGAGAUGCAAGCGUCAGCUGCCUUCAACUGGAACGACCAGCGCUGCAAGACCCGGAACCGGUACAUCUGCCAGUUCGCCCAGGAACACAUCGCCCUGUGGCAGCGGGACCCCUGA